CUCCGUGACCUGUGUUUUUGGCGCAGUCGAGCGGUACAUCACCCUCACUACCUCGUCUACAUUCCUCCUCACUCCAUUCAUCUUACAAGGUACUACUCAUCAUGCCUAUGUGGAGCGGUUUAGAGACCCGUCCUCCUCCACCUACCGGUCCACCACCGAGAUAUGCCGCCGUUGUCACAAAGGUUUAUCCUUAUUCUUUGAGACCGGUCAUGUUCUUCACUUCUUUUCUUGGGUUCAUAUGGGCUUUGGCAAUGGGGAUCAUAUCGAUCCGCGAUCGUGGCUCCGAGAAUGAAACAUCCAAAGAGAAGAUUUUUGACCUGGUUUUGGCCAUCUUGUAUCUGGUCGUAGCUGCAGUAGAAGUGUUCGGGAUGGUCGUCGCUUCACUACAAAAAAUCUCUUUGGCCAGAAUACUCCUAGUGGCCGCCCCUUUAGGUAUCAUCGUAGCCUUUGCCGAUCAACUCCUACAGGUCAUCUUACACUUCACCCUCAAGAAUGAUAUUAUCAGUCAAUGUGUGGCAAAUACGCAAGGCGAGACAUUGACAGAUGGUUUUGACGGGACAGAGAUCAUCAGCGCCGACGAAGCGACGAGCUUAUGUCACGAUGCUUGGAGUCAUGGCAUAUGGACUGUCAUUGUAUGGCUCAUCUUCACCACAGUCUUGUCGCUCUUCUUCGGCUCUGUAGCCAUAGCCUACUAUCGUCAACUCCUUGAUCCGUCCUCAGUUCGCACACGUACUCGUCCCAACGUACCUCAGGCCUUUCCAUUGCAAUCAGGCCCAUAUUACCCUCCACCAAACGGCCAACAACCAUGGAUGGUCCCUCCUUAUCCUGGACCCCCUGCUGGCAGACCAUCACAAUUCGAAAAGAGUGACUACCAUCCUGAAGCUGAGUGGGCGCAAGGAGAAACAGUAGGAUUCGCUCCUCCCCCUGGUCCACCGCCUGCGAGAAAUACCAACCCAUUCGACACUUCCAACCCAUUCGAAAAUGAAGAAAGUAUUUCACGAAGUCGGGUGGUGCCGAAUAGAGAGGAGGAUGAAGCUUGGGAAAGGGCAAGGAGUGAAGGUGUCACUGCUCAUCUCACUGGACAUGCUCCAGCUCCAUUGACGACGAGGGAAGAGUCGAGUGGGUAUGUGAUAGGGAAUAGGGAAGAGGAUGAAGCUUGGGAGAGGGCAAGGGAAGAAGGUUUGACCGCUCAUUUGACUGGUAAACGAGGUGGGGAAGGGAGUGUGUGAGGUAUGUGAUUGUUGUAGAUGUAUGCAUCAUUAGCUUUUUGUUA